AUGAUACAUAAGGAUGGAAUUAUAAAUUUUCACUGGUACUGUCAAAAACAUUCUAUUUAAAAAAGCGGUUUGGUUUUCCGAGUAUCCACUUCGUUAAAUCAAUCAAAAGCACAUUAAAAAUGGCGUCGUUGUAAAAAAUUGGAGUUUUCGGUCAUAAAUUUAUUAGUUACUUCCUAAAUUACAUUCAUGUUGGCGCAGCUGGUUAAAACCGAAAAUUUUGACAACGUCCAGACGUUUUAACACAACUAUUUUUAGGAAUGGAAUCGUUUUGAAAAUACAUAAGUAUGCAGGACUUUUUGAAGCAAGAAAGAACCGAUAAAAUUUAUAGAAUCAAAUGCGACUUCGAAACGAAAUAUUGGCAAGUCUACGACAAAUAUAGACCUAAUUAUAAAUCCCCUCCGUUGUCGUCGAAAGUAUUUAGCAGGCACGAAGCCGGUGCGUAUGAUGCUGAUCCAGAACUCCUAGAUGGCCUGAAAUUGUCUAAAGCCCCUCCGAAGGUUAAACAGGAAUGGCCUGAAUCAGAAAAUCAGUGGUAUGGUUGGUUUACUGAUCCAUUAACUGAUAGAGAGAGGAAUGAUAAAUUUAUGUACUUUCCUAGAACAUCCACAGAAAUAUCCAGAAUUGGUGUCCGAAUAUUUGCGGACAUAAAGAGAUUGAAAAAAUGGAACUAAUAUAACCUUAGCACAUAUCAUUGAUCGUAUCAUAUCGUUGAAUCUGUAUAAUCGUUUUCGUUAUCUAAAUGUAUUGUAUAUUAUAUUUCAUUUAAUUAAAAGAAAGUGAC